GGGCGGCGACCCAGGGCCCCGGGGUGGUGUCCAGGCUCCGGCCGGGUUCUUGCUGCAGCCUCCGGUCCCGACCUGACCCCGCCCUGACUUCGCCGCCGCCAUGGGGAAGAAGCACAAGAAGCACAAGACCGAGUGGCGCUCGUCGUACGAAGAUUACACAGACAAGCCGUUGGAGAAGCCUCUGAAGCUGGUUCUCAAGGUUGGAGGAAGUGAAGUGACUGAACUCUCGGGCUCUGGCCAUGACUCCAGUUACUAUGACGAUAGGUCGGACCAUGAGCGAGAGAGACACAAAGAAAAGAAAAAGAAAAAGAAAAAAAAGUCGGAGAAGGAGAGACAUCUUGAUGAUGAAGAAAGGAGGAAGCGAAAGGAAGAGAAGAAGCGGAAGCGGGAAAAGGAGCACUGUGACACGGAGGGAGAGGCUGAUGACUUUGACCCUGGGAAGAAGGUGGAGGUGGAGCCGCCCCCCGAUCGGCCCGUCAGAGCGUGCCGGACACAGCCAGCUGAAAACGAGAGCACGCCUAUUCAGCAACUACUAGAGCAUUUCCUCCGCCAGCUCCAGAGAAAAGAUCCUCAUGGAUUUUUUGCUUUUCCUGUCACGGAUGCAAUUGCUCCUGGAUACUCGAUGAUAAUAAAACAUCCAAUGGAUUUUGGCACAAUGAAAGACAAAAUUGUAGCUAAUGAGUACAAGUCAGUUACGGAAUUUAAGGCAGAUUUCAAACUGAUGUGUGAUAAUGCAAUGACAUACAACAGACCAGACACUGUGUACUACAAGUUAGCGAAGAAGAUCCUUCACGCAGGCUUUAAGAUGAUGAGCAAAGAGCGGCUGUUAGCUUUGAAGCGCAGCAUGUCGUUUAUGCAGGACAUGGAUUUUUCUCAGCAGGCAGCUCUUUUGGGCAACGAAGAUACAGCUGUUGAGGAACCUGUUCCUGAAGUUGUACCUGUACAAGUAGAAACUGCCAAGAAAUCCAAAAGGCCGAGUAGAGAAGUCAUCAGCUGCAUGUUUGAGCCGGAAGGAAAUGCUUGCAGCCUGACCGACAGCACGGCAGAAGAGCACGUGCUGGCCUUGGUGGAGCAUGCGGCCGAUGAGGCUCGGGACAGGAUCAACCGACUCCUCCCAGGCGGCAAGAUGGGCUACCUGAAGAAGAAUGGAGACGGGAGCCUCAUCUACAGCGUGGUCAACGUGGCCGAGCUGGACGCCGACGAGGAGGAGACCCACCCGGUGGACCUGAGCUCGCUCUCCAGCAAGCUGCUCCCCGGCUUCACCACGCUGGGCUUCAAAGACGAGAGGAGGAGCAGAGUCACAUUUCUCUCAAGUGCCAGCACUGCACUUUCAAUGCACAAUAAUUCAGUAUUUGGUGAGUUGAAAUCGGAUGAAACGGAGCUGCUCUAUUCUGCCUACGGAGAUGAGACAGGUGUGCAGUGUGCACUGAGCCUGCAGGAGUUUGUGAAGGAUGCUGGGAGCUACAGCAAGAAGAUGGUGGAUGGCCUCCUGGACCAGAUCACAGGCGGGGACCACUCGCGGAUGCUCCUCCAGCUGAGGCAGAGGAGAAAGGUUCCAAUGAAGCCUCCAGAUGAGGUAAAGGCUGGGGACUCGCUGGGAGACGGUGGCUCUGUUCUGGAUUUCAUGUCGAUGAAGCCGUACUCGGACGUCGCUCUGGACAUCUCCAUGCUCGGCUCUCUGGGGAAGGUGAAGAAGGAGCUGGACCAUGACGACAGCCACCUGAACUUGGACGAGACGACGAAGCUCUUACAGGACCUGCACGAGGCGCAGGCGGAGCGCGGGGGCUCCCGGCCGUCCUCCAACCUCAGCUCCCUGUCCAACGCCUCCGACAGGGAGCAGCACCACCUGGGAAGCCCUUCUCGCCUCAGUGUCGGAGAGCAGGCGGAGGUGACCCAUGACCCGUAUGAAUUUCUUCAGUCUCCAGAACCCGCAGCCUCUACAAAAAGCUAG